AUGGUUCAAACUGAUCAAAAAGAGAAGUUUGCUAGAACAUAUCGUGAAUUGUUCGACACAAUUGAAAGAGGGGCGGACCAGUGCUCAACAGACAGACUACAAACCCUUCUGGAAGAAAGACAAGAGCAGUUAAAAUCUGGUUUAGACGCUUUUGGCUCAACUUCAGCUCAAUCUCGUUCGAAGGUCAAUUCUGGUACGAAUGUCACAGUUGACGGAAAGACAAUCAAACUCGACCAAAGCGAAAAAGAAUUCGUACUGAAACUGUCAGAAUUAAUUGACCUGAAUGAGCUUCAGUGCGCUUCAUUAUGGGAUAACUACAGGACCUUCAAUAAAGAGGUUAUCGCUCGCCUCACCCAUGCUGAUGAUGAUCAGAAAACUGUAGCGUUGCAUGAAAAUAUUCAACUACUUCUGAACGUUAUUAAUCUGCAUUAUGAAGACCGUAUUGCGCUUCUGGAAUGCAUAGCAUCAUUAAAGCGUAUUGCGAUGAACGGCGGUCACCUUUAUACCACUAUUGCGGAUAAUUUCAUCACAAAGCUUUAUACUAACCAGACAACAGGUGCAUUUAUUGAACGUCUAUUUGCGCAAUAUGUUAAACUUGUCCGUACAAAUGUUCCUCAUCAAAUGUAUAGCUAUCCUGGAUGGGCACUUGUGUGGGCAAAGCAAAACUUGAGAGAGCAAAAGGCUUUAUUGGAAAUCAUCUUUUUAUUUACAGUGGUAGAACCAGUGUCGCCAGAUUUCACUUUCACGGUGAUUCAAGAAUUUGAAGCAGAUUCCUUUGCAUCCCAUCAAGCAUUUGGUUAUAUACUCGAUGACGAAGGCAUAGCCCUACGUGACAAAGUGAUGAAUUUAUGUAUAUUGUUAUCUAUCAGCACAGUCAUUAGCCCAACCCUAACAACCGAGAUUCAACUGGAUUCUGCAAAAGCUGGUCAAACAUUGAUCGACUCCCCAGGCAUCAUUUCAAAGAUAAACCAAAUUGCUGUAUAUCUAGGUGAUAAAACAGAGCAUUCUGUUUUCUUAUUAGCUUGGUCUUUUCUGCUCACUUGUGUGAAUGCUGUCAAAGACGCAGAAUCAACCUUGCCAGCUGACUACAAAGAAGUCGAAGAUAUUCUGGCAGGCAAACAAGCAAUUACAACAAAUUAUUUACUCGAUAGACCCCCAGUUUCUCGAUCCGAUGUGGAACGUACCAAGAGAGUCAUCUCAAUCCAGCAGCUCAGUAAUAUGGAUCGUAUUUAUAUUGGACGCUCUUUAAAACUUGGUGUAUUCAAUGUCAUUUCACAGAUUUUAUCCAGCGAGACUUGCAGUGAAGAGGAUGUGAACAAUUUUGGUUACAGAACUGUUAUUCAGAGAUUGCUCAAAUCCUUCUUGUCAUUCAUGCGUCCUCAUUUCAUACCGACUGAAAGCUAUGAAGAUUUAAUCAGUUCCUAUUGCCUUCUCUAUAAGAAUCAGCCAGCGCUGUGCAACACAUUCUGGAACGAGUACUUUGAUGAAAGCAAUCCUUUUUCGUUGUUAGCAACGGCUCGUGGAAGGUUUCCAGUACUUUUUGCUGAUUUUAUACGACUUUUAUCUGCUUUAUCAGGUGCGCCGGAUGAGGAAUUGACACAAUUUAGUGAUAUAUCAGCACGACGCGUUUUCAACUAUGUAUGCAACAUCCCAACACUUACAGUUCAAUUAAAAUCUUCUACUAAUUUGAGAGAGAACACUGAUGAUGCCGAAAAUACUAUUUAUUCCAACCAGCCAAUCCGGGUUACUUACGAGUCUGACUUGAUUGGUGGUUUGGUUAUCCCUCAAAAUUGCGCUGGAAAGCUUCUCAACAAUUCUGACGAUGAGCCUAUUGUGCAAUUUAUAUACUCUUACUCGGGAUGGCAUCUUUUGACAUCAGUUUUAUCAGCUUUUGUAACAGAAUACAAACACAACGUUAUCGAUAUUGAAGAUGAUAACAAUUUCAUGAGUGGGAAGGAUAUAGAUGUCAUUAAUAGUAUCUUGAGUUUGAUCUACAACGUGCUACUGAGUGAUUCCUCUUUAGUUUCUGAAUUAACACAACAUAUCGAUAAAGUCACUGGCAAUACAAACAAUGCAACACCCACACUCAUCUCCAUUUUAUGUAAUACUCUUACCUUCUGCAGCGGUUUUGACAAAUGCCCAAUUACGACGAUGACUCUGACCUUAAAGUGCUUGACUUUACUGGUACCCUCUUAUUCAGAUUUUAUUUGGGCAUAUUUGAAAUUUGCACCAUUAUUACCAACCACCAACAUCAGCUAUCCUGUACAGUACAUAACAGCUAAUGCAACUACAUCAGCACAGAUUCAGGGAAUUGUUUCUAGAUACGAAUGUACUAUCGGACGUUAUUCCCUGUUACUGUCAUUCUUGGAUUUUGUUCAGAAAUUAGUUACUGAUAUUCAACAUAAAUGGUGGAUCAGUGAAAACAUGCAAAACAAUUUAGCUAGCAACUCGCAAUAUAAAGUCGAGAUUUUGUAUAUUUGUCUCCAUUACUUAAUGUCUGAUGUAUUCCCAUCAUACGCUCAUUGGCGCUAUCAGAAGAUUUCAGAGCGUUUCCUCAUCGGCACCAAAAUAUUAUCAAUCUUCACAGACAUUGCAACAAACUUUAAGGAUACAACAACAACUGAUUCCAAAUUAUCAUUGAGCAGCAUCCGUGAAAAUAUCUUCAACAAUUUCUUAUACGAAGGAGGAGUAUAUCAUGUUUCGCCCUUAAUUGAUACCAUCUCUGAUGGCGCCAAAACCGCUAAUACAUUAUAUAAAUCGGACCAUCCUAAAGAAGCUCAGCGAAUUGAAAAGUUGACAGAAAUAACUUUCAACUUUGUCAAGAUUUUACUGCAAUAUCGACUCGAACAAAUACAAUCCGGACAAACGAUUGCGGAAAGUACAUUAGAAAGAUUAUUGUUAGAACGCACUUCUGGCAAAUCCAGCUCAGAUUUCUUGUUGAGAGUUGCUCGUCAUAUCCAUUAUAGACACAACAUAUCAUUACCAAUUCAAGCUACAAAUGUGUUAUCCAUUCUUUGUCGUACCACAGCCACAUGGAAAACAUCGCCAAAUUUUGUUCAGUAUUUAGGAAGUACCGAACAAGUACAUUCGAUUAUACGUACUUAUUUGGAAAUCGCCAAAGAUCCUUCACAAAACAGUGUUUUGUUAGCUUCUAUCUGGCAGCUAUUAACUGUCUUGCUUGAAACACAACCUAGCCUUGCUAUCCUCUUUUUGGAUUGUGGUGAUUUAAUUAUGCCAAGUCCUAAAUCAGCUGUAAAGCUCCUGUCAGGAGAUGUCCAGUCUUCUGCAGCACCCAGCAAUGCUACAACAGAUUCAGCCAUUCGCGCAGCCGUUGAUAUUUUAAGUCAUUGGGAACUUCUUUCGGUUGAGAAACCUGCAGUAAUGUCAAACGCACUUCGAUUCUUGGCAACUUUCUGGAAAACUGCUUUCGAUCAUUAUGUCUUGGUUGAACGUAAUCGUGCUGAUAAUGCUCUUUGGGACGCCCUGGGUAAAAUUCUGCUGAGCCCUACUAGUGAUAUUGAUAUAACAGGCAAGCAUAUCGCUUCGCAAGAUUUACUUCAAAAGGAUAAUGCUGACCGCUUUGAUCUGGAUAUACGUCGCCUUUGCUGUCUCAAUUUGAGCAGAGCUUAUGCUAUGAGAAUCAUGGCAUAUGAAAUUCACCUUACCGCAAGUAAUAUACAUCGAAGCCCCAAUGCCAUUGGUGAAAGACUUCCCGCUGGAUUAAAAAGCAUACUCACCAAAAUAUGCGACCCUGCCAAGCUUGGCUCAAUACGUGACAAUUUUGUGAGGAAUGAUUUCCAGCCUUCUACUGUUCGUGCUUCAGAAACAUCAGCAGAGGUCUUACUGCAAACGCUAGGUGUAAUUAAUCCUUCUGUCUUACUGCGCAAAAUACCACGAAUUGGUGAAGGUGAUGACGUUAGUGCAGGAGAAGCCCGUGAAUACGGUGACACAUUCUUGUACGAUUUCAGAUUGGCGACAAACCGUGUUCAUUCGCUGAUGGAAGACAUUGAUACAAAGUACGACUUUGACUUGCAGAAUGUUAUUAUUACUCCUGAAGUUCAAGCUGUUCUGGACAUCAAACAGUAUGCUAACCAGUUCUUGAAGAACGUACUUCUGGUCAAUCACAACAGCUCAAUCGUUGAUUCUCAGGUGAUUUUGAUGCGCUCAUUCAAAACUUUCGUGGAAACGGCCUCUUACCAUACUCCCGCUCUAAUGUGGCCUGCCAAAUCAAUGACACCCAGCUCCGAUGCUUUGUAUACCUUUUUAAAAGAUUUAUUAGAGAAAGCCCAACAAGAGACUCGUGACGAUGGAGUUACCCUAACUUCUUACCAUAUCUUGAUUGAAUUCAUAAGGAACCUUACCGAAAAAUGGAUCAGUAUCAAUGGAAGUGUUGUUGCCGGUGAGGUAUCCGCUCAGCAAAAGGAUUACAAGCAUAAAACGUUUGAGAUUUUAUUCACUUUGAGUGGUUUACUGGAGCGUGAAAACUAUGCAUUGUUCAAUAGUAUUUGUGAUCAUACUGCUGUACGUUUCCACCAGCCCCUUUUAGAGUCGGUCAUGCUUUGUCUUCGAACAUUGUCUGGUAUCAACAACGCAGCACCUCUUUCAGAUGAUCGAAUGCGAUUUGAAACUUGCUUAACAACAAUUUUAUCAGUAAUUUGUUCAAGCUUCCAUGUACUCGUUAUUAAGGCUAAUUCCUUCAGUGCUGAAGGUUCUCCCGUGAGCGAAGCAGUUGUAGAGAAUGUGGUGGAGGAUAUUACGGUUGUAGUAUCGCUUUUGCAAGAGUUGAUCAGUCCCAAAUACAAGCUUGCACAAGAUAUUUGGAUUGAGGUUUUUGAGAAGUCGAAUACUGUUCCCUCUUUGAUAUCAUUGUUUGCUGGUGGGAUCCAAGUCCUUGUGAAGGAAAUCGAUAGGCAAUAUUCUGGUGCGGCAAAUGGAUUAAAUAAUAUUAAGAUAACACCAUACGCAGAAACAGCACUAUACUUAUUACUUUCACUUUCAAAUAUACCAAAAGCGGCAGAUAAACUUAUUAAACACAAUAUCUUUGCAGUGCUUUGCAACAACAGCCUUUCACCUCGUUUACAGCAAGGACAGUUAGAUCUAUUUAUUCGAUUCGGAGAACGCAACAAAAAUGGACCAGCACACGUUGAACGUAAUCCUGCACAUGUUUGUUGGGGCCAAAUAUUAGGUGUGGUGAAUAACUUGAUGCGUACAAUCGGAAAUUCAGAAACUGUUUUAAGGGAUACUGUCAACUUCUUACAGAUGUAUGGUCCACAAAUUGCUACAGCUUUCAACAACGCCAACGGAGCUAAUGAUUCUAUCUUUGGCCUAACAGCUUCUGAAUCACUCUCAUCCUGUUUACUGGAAGAAGUCGAACGUAUAAAUAUGAUCUUCUUCAACCUGUCAAAAUAUUCAGAACGUCUCCCAAAUAUUGCAAAUAACCUUUUUAUAGCUUUCAAAGACUGUUCUUUAUUCUUAUUGCAGCGAUAUCAUUAUUUCUUCACGCAUCCUUCACAUAUGCAAGCUCAGCUUCAUCCUGUAGAUAAUUUGGAACGCCAACAAUUACAAACGUUUGUAGCACCCGAUACCAAUAGCGAGGACUCAUCAUCUGCUGCAAAGUCUUCAAGUCCAACUAUGAUUGACACAAAACCACAAAUAAGUCAACUCAUGAUAAAGAUCUUACGGUUAACCAUGAACAUAACACACUAUAUGCUUAGUACAUUGAUUGUCCUGACCAAUACAGAUGUUAUAUUGACAAUGAAAAAUGUGGAAUGGCCCUUUGGUAAUACAAUUAUUUCUCCCGGUCUGCGCGUAACAGUUGGUGAAUCAGCAUCGUUUGGAACCUUAAUGGAAUGCAUGAAUAUUUGUACUACCAUAGUCAAUCAAUGGCAAGGCAUUGCAGAAUUCCCUGCACAAAUGAUGCUCAAUGUUGUUCAGGACUGUGCUAUUCUGUUGACUACACAGGCAGCACUCUGGGUGGCUAAACCAGGUAUUCCGCAUGAAAGCAGAUUAGCGCUUGCUCAAGAAAAUGUGCCCGAUAUUGCUGAGACUCUUAACAAAACUAUGACAGCAUUGAAUAAGUUGGAUGGAGAUAAAAUUGAAAAUGUAGUGUCCAAACUGAAACUGAUGCGACUUCUGCAGCAAUAUAUAAGUCAACGCUAUUUUGAACAUUAA